UCUAUCACCUUUUCGCAUACCGUUCAUCACGACAUAAGGAACGGGACGGCGAAUUUUACUUGAUUAUUUAUUUGUUUUCUUUUUCAUAAUUUUCAAUUUUGACAGCACAAAGGAAGUCGGCCAUUUUAUUACUGCCUGGAAAAGCUGUGGCUUUCGUCCAGUCGCGUUUUGUUGUAUUUUUAUUCAUAUAAUUUGCAAGUUGGUUGUUUAAAACUUCGUACAAAUCUGUAUACGUAUUUAGUGUAAGUUUAAGUGUAUUUAUGAAUUGACUCUGAGAAGAUAUGGACGAUCCGAAUCGGAUGAUGGCGCAUAGCGGUGGACUGAUGGGGCCACAGGGCUAUGGGUUACCAGGCGCCGAAGGGGCCCCAACUACCGGUGAGGGCGAAGCUCGCAAACAGGACAUCGGGGAAAUCUUGCAGCAGAUCAUGAACAUUACUGACCAGAGUUUAGACGAAGCUCAAGCUAGAAAACAUACGCUGAACUGUCAUAGAAUGAAGCCUGCCCUAUUUUCCGUGCUCUGUGAAAUCAAAGAGAAAACAGUUCUAUCUCUUCGUAACACCCAAGAGGAGGAGCCCCCAGACCCGCAGCUCAUGCGGCUGGAUAACAUGCUCAUAGCAGAGGGGGUGGCGGGCCCCGAGAAGGGUGGAGGCGCAGGUGCUGCUGCCUCCGCUUCUGCCGCAGCUGGAGAGUGGGAUAACGCGAUCGAGCACUCGGACUACCGCGCGAAGCUGGCGCAGAUCCGCCAGAUCUACCACCAGGAGCUGGACAAGUACGAGAAUGCCUGCAAUGAAUUCACCACCCACGUGAUGAAUCUGCUCAGGGAGCAAAGCCGCACGAGGCCUAUCACGCCCAAGGAAAUCGAGCGCAUGGUGCAGAUCAUACACAAGAAGUUCAGCUCCAUCCAGAUGCAGCUGAAGCAGUCCACCUGCGAGGCAGUUAUGAUAUUGCGCUCACGUUUCCUAGACGCCCGCCGAAAGCGCCGCAACUUCAGCAAGCAGGCCUCCGAAAUUCUCAACGAAUACUUCUAUUCUCACCUCUCCAACCCGUACCCCAGUGAAGAGGCCAAGGAGGAGUUGGCUCGCAAGUGCGGAAUCACGGUCUCGCAGGUGUCAAACUGGUUCGGCAACAAGAGGAUCCGUUACAAGAAGAACAUCGGCAAGGCGCAGGAGGAGGCCAACCUCUACGCUGCCAAGAAGGCUGCCGACCUGUCCUGGGUUGGCGCGUCCAGGCGCGACGCUCACUCCCCUCCGGGCAGGGCCUCUUCAUAUCACACGGCAGGCGCGUCGCCAUACUCGAUGGGCGCGGCGUCGGGCACGGCCACGCCCAUGAUGUCGCCGGCGCCCACGCAGGACUCCAUGGGCUACAGCCUGCCGCAGCCCGGCUACGACCAGCCGCAGCCCGGCUACGACGGCUCCAUGGGCUACGACCACAUGCACCAGGACCUUAGCCCCUAGUCGCCUCUACGGCGCUCACGAUCGCGGGCGACCUCCGUGAUGGUCGGCUUCCACUGAUUGCCAUUACUAUAUUUACUAUAAUAUAUUUCGUCAAAGCAGCGCCGACCUACGGCCCCAUAUUGCCUUAGGAUUAAGACAUUGUAUACUAUAAAACAUACACAUAUUAUUAGCGUAUUUUUGGAAGGAAAUGUAACGAGACAUAAUUAAUUUGUAUUAUUGAUCAAUUUAUCCAGUAUUUAUUUUGAAUUUUUUAUACUAAAAAAUCAAUGUGGUAUAUGAUACGGAAAUCAAAAUGGAUCACUUCCAUGUAUUUACUGUUGCUAUCAUAGAUUCGUUAUAUGCUAGGUUGAUCUAUAUUAACUGGUCUGCCUGUAUUUUUUUAUAUGGAAAAGAAUAAAGCGUUAAUAAAAUGUGACAGUAUUUACUAUAACUUGCGAAAUAUUUGGCCAAUUUGCAAUACUCCAAUGGAUUUAUAUGUAAGUACUUAUGGUACCAUUUGGUGUUAGAUAUAUUAAAAAUACUUCCUCAUAAAAUCACGUUUUGUCACAAUAUCGCUAGCAUAUAAUAUAUCUAAGAUUGUUUAAGUAUUAUUUUUGUUCCAAUGAAUUUUAUUGUAUUUGGGAAAGUAAUUAUUUGGGCAGUAUUAUAUUUUAAAGGCACCACAUCGAUUGGCGGGAUCUCGCGCGUUUACUUACGUCUACGGUGGAUAUAAAUAAAUAUACGAUAGUUUUAAGGUGAUUAGUGUAAUUUUAAUUGUAAGCAUUCAGAUAUUUUGUGCUGAAUUUGUGUCCCAUGCGUUUGUCGCGCACGCUGAUGUUUUGGCGGUGUUUAUUUUGCGUUGAAAUAUUAAUUAAAGCAAAAGCUCUGUUGAGAACUAAAUAAUAAAUAUUUACAUCUUUCAAAUUAGGUCCGUACAAAUUAAUAACAAAUAUUUAACGGAGUGGAAGAUUUCUCACGUUUCCAUGAUAAUUCAGUCGGAUUCUGUUUUCCUGUUGUGAAUGAUUCAUUUUAAAAAAAGCAAGAUUUACAAAUACAAAGUAAAAAAAAAAAUAUCUAACCCACUCUUAUAAUAUAUGUUCUUAAUAAGUUUAACGUUUCCGAUAUAGUUCCAAACUCAAAAUCUUAUAUGAGCACUAAUUGAUGACUAGCGAAGUGAAAUCGCCAAAGCACGGUGUGUGGUGGCUGACGGUACUGCGUGCAAUUUUAAUAAGAUAGUAUUUGUUGUAUUGUGUCACUAUCAACGGCCUAAUUAUGUUUGCGGCAGCUGAAACCCCACUUUUAUAUAUAUACAUUUACAAUGUUCAGGAGUUGUGAAUAUCAGAACAAAUAUAUAUUUUUUGCGGUGCUAUAUUGUUUUUAGCACAAAUUUAUUAUUUUAUUUAUAUCAUUUAGAAUAUAAGUUGAUUUAUUGAUUUGCGUAAUAACCAUAAAAAAGGAUGUCACACGAACUCUUUUAAAUGAUUGUUUUUAAAUAGAAGCGCUUGAAUUAAACACUGAAGUUGAACUUUUCACAUUUGCUUGUCCGUAGACAGAAUGACUGUUAAUUUCAAUUAGUGAUAGUUUUAAUAUGAAAAUUGUACUAGCGUUAAGUUAUGUGUUCCAAGACAAAAUAUCUGAUACAGUAUACGAGAAAACAAGAAAUAUUAAAUGUUUUAAAUUGCUAUGUAACAUUGAAACUGUACCGCGCCGCUGUCGUGGCUUUUAUCUCAUUAAUUAUACAGUUCUUCAGAAUAUUUAUAGUGAGGAUUUUAAUAUAGUUAUCCGAUGUGGCAGCGGCGAGGCCCUAUGUAUACGAAGACGAGUUCAAUGUUAUUGCGACCACCAAGAUUGACUAAAUAAAUUUUUGUGUAGUUA